ACCGUGUUCCUCGACGACGUCGAGUUCGAGCCGCUCGCCGGCCCAUCGAUAUCUGAGGCCUACCCUAGACGAGCCACUGCGACCAAGCUCGAGUCGCGCGACAAGUUGAUGUACAUCCAGAAGGAGCAACUCGGACAAGAAGCCGAAUUUCCGCAGCGAGUACUGCCGGAUGGGAAGACUGUGGUUGAUGCGUUUCUCUACGUUUUUGACGUCUCCAGAGUUAAUGGAAGGGAUUGGCACAAACAUUUGGCGCAGGCGCAACAAAUCCUCGUCCAAGCCGUAAAAACGAAGAAGCCCGUGAUCGUAACCGCUUCAAAAUCGGACGCCUCGUCAGAAGAUGGAAAAACGGCGCUGCUCAGCACCCUGCAAAGCACGACGCUUCGAUCAUUACCAUUUCCCAUUGAUAGAAACCUCGGCGGUGAAGCGCGUCAACGU